AUGUCUGCCAAAGUAUCCAAAGCUCACCAGAACAGCCUCUUCAUGACUCAGGUGGAAAUCAACAAGGAGGACCAGGGGGUCAUGAACCUUGGAAAGCACUGUUACAAGUGCCAGCAGCUCGACUUCCUCCCGUUCCACUGUGAGUUCUGCAACCACGUAUACUGUUCCCAGCAUAGAUCAUUGGACGUUCAUAACUGUGUGGGAAGACCACAGUCUCCAUCAAACGGCGGCAACAAUACGUACUCGGGUCCUACGGCGGCUUCUUUGUUCCCAGAUAAAGAAAAGAGACAGAAAGAGCUUGAAAAGAGACUCGAGCUGUCGAAACUCUCGGCUACGACCAUUGAAGAGAAGGCUACCAAAACAGGUAAAUCCUCGGCGAUUACCAAGCUUACAAAGUUUCUUCACCUUCAAAAACUAAGCAGGAAGAAGCUGUCGCUGCUUUUCAGCCGGCCCAAGGCAACGAACAAGGUGGCAGAAACAUCUAGCAUCAAGAAGGUCGCUAAGGGACCGAAUAAUGUGUCACAAACAGACCGUAUCUACGUGUGGGUUCUCUAUGUGAACCGCAACGAAGACGAAAUAGAAAAAAUCAACCCAGAAAAGGAGAGAAAGGGCGUUUGGGUUUCGAAAAACUGGACCAUUGGCCGUGCUCUUGACUCUGUGGCUGAUGUGGUGGGUAUAAUGAACCACAAUAACAAGACUUCCGAGACUAGCGAGCGUCUUCAGUUGUUUAAGGCUGUUGAUGAUGCUCCAGUGACGCUACCGUUGGCCAAGAAGGUUGGUGGGUCCUUUAGCAAUGGAGACACCGUCUACUUGGUCAGGGGAACGCUUUAG